GACCUCCCCCAGCACGCGCAUAAGCAUUAACCUCCGGCGGCGGCCUCUUCCUCCUCCCGCGCCUCGCUCGCGGCUCCUCCCACCUCCGCCUCCGCCACCCGCCGCCGGCCAUGGGGCGCGUGAAGCUGCAGAUCAAGAGGAUCGAGAACACCACCAACCGGCAGGUCACCUUCUCCAAGCGCCGCAACGGCCUCAUCAAGAAGGCCUACGAGCUCUCCGUCCUCUGCGACAUCGACAUCGCGCUCAUCAUGUUCUCGCCCUCCAACCGCCUCAGCCACUUCUCCGGCCGCCGCAGGAUCGAGGACGUCAUCACCAAGUACAUCAACCUCCCGGAGCACGACAGAGGAGGAAUAGUUCGGAACAGAGAGUAUCUGAUGAAGAUGCUCACGCAACUCCGGUGCGAGAGUGACAUAGCCGAGCAGCUCACACCCAACAAAGGACCAGUGAACUCCAACAUAGAGGAGCUCCAGCACGAGAUCAGGAAGUACCAGCACCAGGUGCAGGCCCUGGAGGAGCGCCUCAGGAUGUUCGAGCCGGACCUGGUGGCGCUGGCGUCCAUGAACGAGGUCGAGGCCACCGAGAAGUUCCUCAUGGAGACCCUCACCCGCGUCGAGGAGCGCAAGAAGUAUUUGCUGUGCAACCACAUGGGCCCGUUCGACCCCUCGCCCUCCGACAUGCAGCAACAUGGACAGGUGUUCGGCCUGCCGCCGGCGCCGCCGCAGCACGAGCAGCCGGGGGACAUGGGCGUCAGCGCGUUCGGGGUCGGCGGCGACGUCGUGUCGUGGUUCGCCGACGGGAUGCCGGGGGCGGGGCCGUCCAUCUUCGGCGGGCCGGACCCGAUCUUGGCCUUCAGAGAGCAGGCGAUCUUCGACUCGAUGCGGCGGGACGCGGGGGUGGACGACGCGGGGGUGGCGGUGAUGUGCCACGUGGACCAGCACGGCGGCGGGCCCGGCGACGACUGGCAGCAGGCGUACACGUCGGCGGAGCUCCUCUCGGCGCUCAUCCCGUCCACGCCCUUCCCACUGGACGACCAGGUGGCGGCGGCGGCGGCGGUGCGGGACGACGAGCUCGACAAGACCUCCACGACGGCAGUGCCGCAGCAGCCGAGGUUCAGCGUGCACGAGCUCGAGGCUGUGAUGCAGGACUCGAUGGCCGCCCCCGUGCUCGCGCCGCCGAUGGCGCCUGCGCCGCCGCCGCACGUGCACGAGCAGGUGGAGGCGUCGGCGGGGAGCUGCUCCAACAACGUCGUCCCGCCGCCGGGCGGGGACGCCGCGGCGGCGGCGGCCCAGGAGCAGCAGCACGGCCUGCCCGGCGGCACGGUCACCAUCGGCUAGCUGAUGACGCGCUCGAUCAGUCCAUGUAUUUUAAUUCCCUCCGUAAAUAAGAAUAAAUUGAACUAGCUAGUAGACUUGAUCAUUGAGCAACUUACACAUAAUAACUGACGAGAGUAUUAUUUUUUACCAAAUGUUUAGAGUAAUUUGUUAAUUCUAAGUCCAUAGGACCACGGAAUCCAGCAGUA